AACGUCAACUACUUUUCCAGGUCCAUUCAGUCAAAUAAACAAAUGGUCCAGAUCCCUCGUCUUCCUCACAACUCUGAAUCCUCACGCUCAGCGAUGCUCCUCCACGAACACGAACUUCACUUCGUUCGAAACUUCGGUUGAUGGAGAUUCCGCUCAUAUCUCGGACCCCACAUCCUCCGACGACAUCGUUUUGCUCCUCUUCCGGGGGAGCAGGGUUCUGUGUUUUACCGGCCACGAAGAAGAGGAAUGAGUCGAAGCGGUGUUUUGGAGGCUUCGUUAGGGCUUCGGCGGAGCGGAGCAGGGAAGGGAUCGAUGGAGGGAGAGAGGGAGAGCGUGGUGGAGGGUUCACGAGCCCGGCCAUGGAGGUGACCACAUUGAAUCGGAGCUUCAACGACACUGAGUUCCCCGUUUGGGAGAAGAUCGGAGCCGUUGUGAGGCUCAGCUAUGGAAUCGGUAUAUAUGGUGCAAUGGCUUUAGCGGGAAGAUUCAUAUGCUCAAUGACUGGAAUCGAUAGCAUGGGAGGUUUCAAUCCAUCUUUAGAUGCGAUUCUAGAGGGUCUUGGAUAUGCAGCGCCACCAAUCAUGGCCCUUCUCUUCAUACUCGAUGAUGAAGUUGUGAAGUUAUCACCCCAUGCUCGGGCCAUCAGGGAUGUAGAGGAUGAGGAAAUACGGAGUUUCUUCUAUGGGAUGUCACCAUGGCAGUUCAUACUCAUGGUUGCUGCUAGUUCAGUGGGGGAGGAGCUUUUCUACCGAGCUGCUAUUCAGGGAGCAUUGGCUGAUAUAUUUCUAAGGGGCACCAAUUUUGUGACCGAUGCUCGAGGGAUGACAGCACUGACUGGAGUGCUGCCUCCAUUUGUGCCAUUUGCCCAGGCGUUUGCAGCUGUAAUCACAGCUGCUCUUACUGGUUCCCUCUAUUAUGUGGCUGCCUCUCCAAAAGAUCCUACUUAUGUGGUUGCACCAGUUUUGCAAUCUCGCUCCGGUCGUGCGGAUCUAAAAAAGCUCUUUGCAGCCUGGUAUGAAAGAAGGCAAAUGAAAAAGAUCUACUCUCCACUCCUGGAAGGACUCCUAGCCCUUUAUCUUGGGUUUGAAUGGAUCCAGACAAAUAAUAUUCUUGCUCCCAUCAUCACACACGGUAUAUACUCCACUGUUAUACUGGGACACGGCCUUUGGAAGAUUCACGACCACCGCAGAAGACUGCGCCAGAGGGUCCGGCAGCUUAAGACAGACGUAAAAAAUAAAUCAUGAACAUGUGUAAAGAGGUAGCUGGGUUUGGAUCAGAUUUGUAUAUUAUGUAGCAGAGCCUGUUGUGUCUUGGACGAAUCUCAGAGGAAGUAGAACGUAGGAAUAAUUGUAUACAAACAAUAUAUACAAAAUUUCAUAAUACUAAGGGGAUUGCAUUCAUGGCUUA